AUGACUCAAACAUCUGGUGUACGGGAUCCCGGACAAACUGUACGGGCAGUCCAGAAUUUCAUCAUCAGCCAGAUUUAUCUAAUCGGGACUCUUGGCGCAACUUUUGUACGCCCUGGGCUAUUGACUCAGUUUGUUUCGCCCGCUGAGCUCGGCAUGCCGCUCCAAGAUAUUGUGGAACAGUCGUUCCUCGGGUGUCCAGAGCAUAUUCUGAAUCCCGUGAAGUACUUUUCGCUCCAAAGGGAUGCAAUCGCGCACGCAGAGCUAUUUGAUGGUGCCACGGUGUGCCAGUUCAUACAGGAUAUCAAGGCUGUGCUCGAAUCAGUUCAGAAGUUUGAUUGUUUUGGAUGGGUUAUCAACUUGCAACGGUUACAGCAUUCAUCAACAAGAGAUGAGUAUAAUCUCUGUAAUCUAUCCUUGUCAUACAAGCUUGGGGCCUUAGUGUAUGGUCGCCGUAUCCUCGAUGCGCUCACCAGCAACGUCACGGCCUUGAAUGAUCUGAUCUGCGAAUUAAUGGAUGCGAUUGGAGCGCUGCGAGACACCACUUUGCUAAGUGCAUCUUAUGGCCGAUCUUCAUUGUUGGGUUGGAAUGCCGAUGGCCAUCGCAGCAAAAAUUCCUCAUUCAGUGCUUGGGGAAGUUUUGGGCAAAUACAAAGUGUCUGA